AUGGUUUUGCGUCACUCGAGAUCGUUCGAGUUUCAAGCUGAUCUUCUCCUCGAUCCAAUCUCCGUCUCACAAUCGCUCUCCUUAGGACACCACCCUGACAGUGCAAUCGACAAUGUCCGUCGCAUCUUCGCGGCACACGAGGACCGAGAGCCCCCUCCAGUCUACAGUGAAAUGCUUCAAUUGAGAUAUGAGGACAAAAUGCGGACAUGGAAUCAAAUAUCUAGAUGGAUCAAAUACGAACAAGUGGUUGAAGGUGGGGGAACCCGUUUCUCGAAGCCACACAUCACUCUUUUGAGUGUUCAAGGACUUCUUCAAGCUCGAAACUGUCUUCGUCGUGGACUUGUUCUACUUGACUCACCAAAAGACUCGCUGUCGGCUUUGUUGGAUGAUAUCAUUCGCCACUGGGAAGACCGUGCUCUUGUUAAUCCUUACAAUAUCAAAGGAGUGCGCAAAGCUCUUUGGGCACCGAAAGUUCACAUGACGAUCAAUAAAUCAAGAAGAAACUCGAUUGAUCGAGGAAAUGAGGGAGAAGAUGAUAACGAUGAUGAAACAAAACCUGUAGAGGAGAAUCCCGAAGAGACAAAGGUUCUCUACAACAAUGUGAGCACAAAUCUUUUCAGUGAGAGCACCGGAAAUGUGAACACCGGGGAAUUGCCACAGGCUGAAAAGCGUCUUCUGGCAAAGUUGAUCGGAAAAGAUCCUGGAACCGAGUCUUGCGCGAUUCUAGUUGGCCACGUUGACACCCUCGAACAUCCUGUCUCUGCUUUCAUUCGAUUAAGAGAAGCUCAGAAAUUCUUCCCGGAGAUUCCCGACAUCCCAGUGCCAACAAAAUUCAUCUUUAUCCUCUUAACUCCACGAGAUAAUUAUGAAAAAGAAGCGAUUUCUGUUGGGAGAACGAUUGGAGCUUUAAUGGCUGAUGAAGUUUUUCGCAAAGUCGCCCAAUUCACUCAAGAACCGUACACGCUUGGUGAUGCGAUUGAGGAAUUUAUGUCAAACAUCGUUGUCGUUCCACCGGGGAAAUGCACAACGGAGACACGAUGGGAGCCGAGAGAGGCGACUGUUGAGGAAAAUCGCUCUGUUGGUGGCAUCUAUUCCACUCGGAAAACAUCAUAUGAAGAAGGAGGAAGCCACCAAGAAGAUGGACACGGGCACGCAGCUGGUUUGGUGAGAACAGGCAAAUUCUUUGGUGGAUUGUUUCAAGACAUACGCAUGAAAGGUCCAUGGUUUAUGUCGGAUUUUGCUGAUUACUUCAGAGGGAGAAUCUCACAAUCCCUUGCAGCCACCGUUUUUCUCUUCUUCGCCAAUUUAACUUCGAUCAUCACUUUUGGAGCCGUGAUGGACAAAAUGUUACAUCAUCAAAUGGCUACGAUCGAAGCUAUUCUUUGCGGUGGAAUCAGUGGAGUGAUUUUUGCAUUGUUCUCCGGCCAACCACUCAAUAUCCUCUCUGCCACCGGACCAACUUUAGUCUUUGAAAAAAUUCUCUUCGAUUUUUGCCACUCAAACGGUUGGGACUUUCUGGAGUUCCGUCUAUUGGUCGGCUUAUGGGUGGCCGCAAUGUUGAUCACUCUCACAGCUACGGAUGCUUCGGCUCUUGUUGGCUUGAUCACUCGAUUCACUGAAGACGCUUUUGCUACUUUGAUCAGUGUUGUUUUCAUUAUUCAGGCUUUCCAAAAACUGAUGGCAAUUGGGGACUCGGAAGCGGCAAAGUCUGCAGAAAAAAUGGCUGCUCUUGAGCAAAUCAGGUGCAAGUGCUUCAUGGAGUACUCAGAAGACAACGCUUCGACGAUUAAUUUCUUGUUCAAUGGCACAGCCGAGGAACAGUGUCAAGUCGGUUGGAUCCACGAGUUGGACACGCAACACGACGUCUACAUGCUCUCCAUCGUUUUAACCUUUGGAACGUUCGGGCUCACCUAUGCUUUCAAAGAGUUCAGAAAGUCGCCAUUCUUCUCAUCAAAUAUUCGAAAUGCCGUCUCUGAUUUCGGUGUGCUGAUCGCAAUCGUUGUGAUGACUGCCUACUCGCACUAUGCUGGCGGUGACAUUGUGCCUACGUUGAACAUCCCGGAUAGUUUCAGACCCACCCAACACCGCUCGUGGCUAGUCCUUCCAUUUGACAUGCCUCUCCACGUCAUCUUCAUCGCCAUUCUCCCAGCCGCUUUCUAUACAAUCCUCAUUAUUAUGGAUCAACAAAUUACAGCGGUCAUCGUGAAUAGAAAGGACAACUUGUUGAAAAAAGGCUUUGGCUACCACUUGGAUCUGUUCAUCAUUGCAAUUUUGGUCAUUAUCUGCUCUUUCCUCGGUCUACCAUUCUUCGUAGCGGCCACUGUUCUAUCAGUGAUGCACGUUGAUUCUCUUCGUGUGCAAUCGGAAAGUGCAGCGCCUGGGGAGAAAGCUCAACUACUUGGAGUGAAAGAACAAAGACUCACAGCCAUCAUUGCCCACCUCGCCAUCGGACUCUCAGUUUUCUUGACUCCAGUGAUCAAGCUUGUUCCAAUGCCAGUCCUUAUUGGAGUCUUCCUUUACAUGGGAGUCGUUUCUCUACUCGGACAACAAUUCGUUCAAAGAGUCGCCCUUUGGUUUAUGCCUGUGAAACAUCAACCCGACUACACCUGGCUUCGUUGUGUGAAAAUGAAAAGAGUUCACUUCUUCACCCUCAUCCAACUGUUCUCCAUUCUUGGACUGUUUGCUGUAAAGUACACGAAAACUGUCUCAAUGGGAUUCCCGUUAAUGUUAAUCGUCAUGGUUUUGAUUCGAAUGUUCCCUCUUGAGAAAAUGUUUUCCCAGCCGGAGCUGAAAGCUUUAGAUGAUCCAGUGCCAAAGAUACAAGAUGUGAUGCGACCGAAAAGGAGAGCACUGAAUAUUAGUGGUGUCGAAAAAGGAAAUUCCCCGUCGUCUCCCGAACAAAAACUCUUGCAAAACGAGCGG